AAAUAAUUAUUGAAUCAAUUGUUAGGACAAUCACUUGAAUACUCAAUCGUAUUAUUGAUUGGAUCCGAUAUAUCACUUCAAGUGUUUGUUUUUAUUUUUCAUUUGAUUGCUACCGUCGGACAAGUAGUGACCAGUAAGUUGUUGUGUUGAGGACAGCAAAGGACCAGCAAUGACAUCAUCGUCAUCGCAGUCGCCAAUAGGCGGCCAAAUGGAUCAAUCAGGUGAUAGCAAUCGGUCAUAUGAUCCCAACACACGAUCAAAUAGUAUGUCACCAAUUCCUGCCACUUCGUCGACGCCAUUAAAUGUCAGCGAAGGUCUAUCACGACUCCAACAACUCUAUCCAUACGUGGAUGAGUCAGAGCUGCCCAAGUCGUGGUCAGCCAAAGACAAAGCAAACUUUAUCACUCUUUCAGAGAAUAACCUCAAAGUACACUACAAAGGCGUCGGAAAGGGUCAUAAGGAUGCGGCCGCCGUUCGGGCCACUCAUUCCAUUCCUAGCGGUUGUCUUCUCUAUUACUAUGAGAUCAAGAUUAUCAGCAAAGGAAGGGAUGGCUAUAUGGGCAUUGGUUUGGCCGCACAAGGAGUUAAUAUGCAACGACUACCCGGUUGGGAUAAACAAUCGUAUGGAUAUCAUGGAGACGAUGGUCACUCAUUUAACAGCAGUGGUACUGGACAGCCGUACGGCCCAACGUUUACUACCGGAGACAUAAUCGGUUGCGGAUAUAAUUUGAUUUUAGGAAACUGUUUUUAUACGAAAAACGGUCUCAAUCUUGGCGUUGCGUUUUCCGAUUUGCCAAACGUUCCCCUCUAUCCCACUGUUGGUCUUCAGACACCCGGAGAGGAAGUCGAAGCCAACUUCGGAAUGCAACCCUUCUGUUACGACAUCGAAGAAGAUAUAAUUGCAUUGAAAAAACAUUUAACCGAAUCUAUUGUCGAAUUUCCCGUUAAGUAUACCGAAUGGCAGACAACGAUACAUCGUUUGGUUCAGUCGUGGCUCAUCCACAACGGCUAUUGUUCGACUGCCGAAGUGUUCAGCAAAACAACAAAACUAGACUUUAAAGAGAAUGUUCAACACAUCAAACAAAGACUCAAAAUUCAACAAUUAGUUCUUAACGGACACAUUGGCGAAGCCAUUAGUCUUACAAAUAAAUUAUAUCCAAAUGUGCUAAAAGACAAUCCGAAUCUUUUGUUUGCAUUAAAGUGUCGACAAUUUGUUGAAUGGAUUAGUGGUAAUGAAUCGGAUAAAGCGCCCAUUGGUGCGGCCGCCGCAAUGACCGCAUCCUAUUCACCGAAUAAUUCGACUAAUGGUGUAAAUGAUUGCAAUGGCAACUCAAGUGAACAGAUGGAAGUCGACGUCAACGACAACAAUACAAAUGAUACGAACAACACGUACUCUGAAGAGCAAAGUGUCAGUGAAGAAACUGAAGCCAAAUUUACUCGACUACUGGCGUUCGGCAAAGAAUUGAACGCAUUGUCCCAACAGCUGAAGAGACAGUUUGGCACAAAUGAAUUCAACAGACAACUACUUCAGGACACUUUCAGUCUUCUAGCUUAUAGUGAUCCGUGGAGUUCACCCGUCGGCUGGCACUUGAAUCCCAGCGAACGCGAGGGCGUCUGUCAACAGCUAAACAAUGCCAUUGUUAUGUCCGAUUCGGGUGGUGCCACACAUCGGGUGGCCCUCGAGACUAUCAUUAAGCACACGAAAGCACUGUUACCUAAAAAUGGCCAGUGCGGUGCAUGGCUCGUAGAUAAAAUCUAAUUAUUUAUAUUAAUAUUAUUAUUAAUAA